ACCCUAUUUAAGGGACAUCCCUAUUAUGGGACACUUUUCUGUGAAAUGAAGUGAAAUAUAUCUUUUAGCACUAUGGCCAACCUCUAUUAGGAGACACCCCUUUUAAGGGGCCUGGGAUGGGACAAUUUUGGAGUGUGCCAAGUGGUCAAAUAACCCCUAUUACAGGGGACACUUAAUUGUUUUUCAGUCAAUUACUAUUGCAGUAUCAAAAUUAGAGUGAACACCUUCUGCAUGUGUUACUUUUUAUAAACCAAUCUUGUCAAUUAUGACCUUUAAGCUUGGGUAUUCCUUUUUCUUUGUUUUUUGUGUACUGUACUUUCAUAAAGGAUUCUAAUUCAACAUGCACCCUUAAUUCUAAAGUUAAAAAAAAGAAUAUUUGGUCAUUACAUUGCAUCAUGUCCUGCCAAGGAUAGAAUUAUCUAUGUCUAUCAAAUAAUAUUAGGAACAUAUAAAACCAUUGUUGUUUUAAUUACAUUGCUGAUAUCAUAUUAUAAAUGAAUUGUAUUUGCAUUGCAAAUUAUUGCUAUAAAUUAAUUAAUAUUCUACUGUAACUUAAAAAUAAAAUGGUAAAGAAUGUAUGAAAGCAUGCAAAAAACUAUUUAGGGGACAAUUUCACAUUCUCGUUUAGUAAUCCCUGAAUAGGGGUACUCCUAUUUAGGGAACAUUUUUUUAUAAGGUGUCCCCUAAUAGGUUUUCUUCUUACAAUUAUUUAUAUUACGGUAUUAUUGUGUGGCUGUGAUUUGAGGAUAUUUAAUGAACAGAGCUCGACAGAUGCUUUGUUUCACCAGUGAAAAUUACAACCAAUUCACGUUACCGGUUGAAUGCACACUUAAAUAAAUUAAUUAAAAAAAUGCAUAUAAAAUAGAGAUGAAUACGUAGUAGAGCAAUUAAAUUCUUUCCAAUUGAACCAGCGAAACAGCAGGCGGCAGGCGAUGUGCCACUCCGCGGUAGAUAUGGAUGAAAUCAACCUCACGGAUCCUGAAUUGGGGACAACAAAAUUUAUAACAGAGCAUGGUCAUUUCAAAUUAUCUCUGUACAAGUUCUUAAACGGCGAUGUUGACGAGGGGUCAUCCCGUAUAGAAAAUGACAGACUCAAAUAUGAUCAAAGGACAAGAAAUUUGAUUUCAUUCUUCAAGGUUCCUUGGCAGUUAGAAAAAAUGGGUUUUUAUGCGUUGCUGUUAUCUAUGGAUAUAUUUCUGUUCGUUUUUACAAUUCUACCAAUCCGUGUUGUUAUCGCUGUAUUGAAAUUAAUAAUAAUUGGACCUUAUAGAUUGGUAAGGGGUGGACGAGUUCUAGAACCUGUCCAGGUUUGCUAUCUGCUUAAAGGCGUUGUUGUGGUUGCUAGUUAUUGGCUCCUCUGCUACGUCGACAUAUCGAUGUUAUACCAUUUUAUUCGUAAACGAGCUAAGAUUAGCUUAUUUAUCCUGUAUGGAAUGCUAGAGGUAGCAGAUCGUUUGUUCACGUUGUUAGGACAGGACACAUUAGACGUACUUUUUUGGACGGCAGUACAUCCAGACAAAAAGAAACGGGCAUUACCUGCAGUAUUUAUCCACACAGUUAUCGCCAUAUUUGCCAUGUUUGGCCACGCAGUUGUUGUCAUACUGGAAGCCACAACUUUGAACGUAUCAUUCAAUAGCCCUAAUACCUCUAGGGCAUUCUUUUCAAUUUUAAGGGCGAGUAAGGUUACAGAAUUGAAAGGAAAUGCAUUCAAGAAACUAAAGAAAGAAAAUUUGUUUGAGGUAGCGUGUGCCGAUAUACGUGAACGUAACAUCUUUGUGGUCAUCCUUCCAAUGAUUGUCCUCUUAAAUAUGACAGAAGUUUCCUGGGAUCUUGAUCUUUUUUCAAAAUGGUUUCCAAGUGCCUGCAUUGUGGUGUUGGUUGAAAUUCUUAUUGAUUGGGUGAAACAUGCCUUUAUUGUGAAGUGUAACAACCUUCAACCAGAGAUAUACAUGGAAUAUCGUGCCAAGUUAGCUUAUCAAAUGUUUUCUGUGCAUAGUCGAAAAACCACGGCGUAUUCAGAUUAUAACGAGUCGAUUUCUAGGACGAUGACGCUGAUCCCGAUUCCUCUAUGUAUACUCACGAUUCGAGUAGCGAGGCAAUCUUUCAGCUACAUUGGAGUACACACGGUUGCUGUACUUAUUCUUAUGUUUAUAUGCCUGACCUUAUUGAAAAUCUUACUCAGCAUUUUCCUAAUGGGUAGAGGCUGCAAAUACAUUGCUGAUUUCAAGUUACAUGAAUCUUCUCAGAAGAAAUACAAAUAAAAAUUGAAGCACUUUAUUGAACAUAGGUUCCAUUUGUACCAGAACCGUUGCAUUCCUUAACAUUAAUAUUUGAAUGUAAAAUAAAAUUAAAGGCCAUUAAAAACCAGCAAACACAAUACUGUCAGUGACACUACUUUAAUAGAAAGAUACUUUGGCAUGGAAAACAAUUAAGAAUCAGACUCACUUCAUUUCAUCCUUUCAAGGGAACUUAUUGCUCUCAUAUUACACAUCAGAAUGAUAAAAACAGGUAAAAUAUAGUUCAAAAUACUGUAAGAAAGCUAAGCUGAUACUAAUAAUCCUUUUUCAUAUAAUUUACAUUGAUAACACGUACACAUAUUAUUGUUUGAUAAAAACGUACUGAAUAAGACCACCUGAUUACAGUUUGGUUUCAACUAAGCUGUGAGACCAGGCUAAGUUAGACGCUGGCAUACUCCCUUAGACUUUUCCCGUAACGACCAUCAUUCUCAAAAUACUGCAUACUAAGUAAUAACCAGAUAGCCUUCAAUUGAAUAUAAUAAAGCAGGUAUGAAGGGCCCUUGAUAGACUUUUUGGUAAACCCUGCCCCUUGUUGCUAAAAAUAUUUUUGGUAUUAUAUUUAAUAAAACAUCAUGAAAAAAACUUGGUUAGAGAUAAAUGGUCACGAAACAACCAAUGAAAGCAUAAAUUAACACAUGUUAAGUGUAUUACUGUGAAUCUACUAUUAAACUUUGUACUGUAUAUGGCAAAUACAGUAAAAUCAAAAUAAUGUAUUCAUUAAGCACUUAGGACUAUGUGUAAUAGGCAUACUUCAAUUCCAAUACUGAAUUUUCCUAGAUAUUUGAUGUUAAGGAUUUAUUUAAGAUAAACCCAUAAGCAAUCGAUAACAAUUUUGUGUGUACACUUAAUAUUGUAAUCAAUAUUAUUAAUCUUGUUAAAAAGAUCUAGCUUGAAACAUUCCAUAACUGCAAUUAAAACCAUCACUUUGUUGGUAACGCGACAUGUAAUAUGUGUAUAAUAGUAACUGGGUUAUAUUCUUGGCUACUAUUAUUCAUUUUGUUAGAAAGAAGAUCAUUAAAUUUUCAAUGUAAAAAACCAUAAUUUUUAUUGACAGCACACAUAUGUCAAAAAUUACAAGAAACACAAUUUAGCACGAAAACCAAUACAAAGCAAAUAAAAAUAAUCACUUUAUUGAUGAUGAUAAAUAAUAACACUAUACUGUUAGUAUUCCUGCUGUUGAAGAAAGAUACACUAUUUCCGAAAUGACUUUGGUGAAAGAAAGCACAUUUUAAUACCAAAA